GAAUAAGAAGCGCCAGGGAGCGCUCCUCCUCCUCCUGCAAUCGCCUGCAGCUCCUCACACAAAAUUCACCCUUCUCUUUGCUUUUCCUAUAAAAAAAAUCUCACGCAUCAAGGAAAAAUUAAGGUACAGAAAUGGGUUUCGCAGCAGCAGCAGUCGACGAUGGAGGAGGUGCCUCAUCCACUCCUCCGAAGCUUUCUCUUUUGAACAUCCCCAGUAAGGUAAAAUUAGAGACCCAGCCGCCGGGGACGGCAACCCCGCCACUCCGUUCAACUAUUUCGAUUCCGUUUCAGUGGGAGGAAGAGCCGGGGAAGCCGAGGCUUUGCGAUACUGGGAGUGGUAAACCCGAUGGUACUGCUGUCAGAUGCUUGGAGCUGCCUCCGAGGUUGUUGUAUGACGAGGCUAAGGUUAUGCCGUCUCCGACAACUGUGUUGGAUGGGCCUUACACGUUUCGGUCGGCAUCUUUAAGAAAAGGAGGGUCGUUUAGGAGUUUGGAGUGUAAGGAAAAGGUGUUUUUUGGGUCUAGUAGGUGGGCGAGUUUUAGGAAGGGCGGGGAAGUUGCUGCCGACAGUGGUUUCAAUUUUUCACCUUCCGGUGUUCUCAAUGAUGGCGACGGCGGUGGUGGCAGCGGCCAUGGCACGCAGGUGAAGAUCACAAGGGUUAGGAGGAAAGGGAGUUUAUUGAGUCUUCAUUCUCGGUCAGACCUUUGGGCAAGCAUUUAUACAAGUUUGAAGCAGGUGGUCCCGUGGAGACGGGGCCAAGAGAAAAUCAGAACAAAGACCUCUUCAUCCAAUGCUGACUUUCCUAAACAUUAGAGACUUGGAAAGUUUAAAUUGUACAAAAUAAAUAAGUAUAAUAUAUUUUAGUCUUUUCUUGCCCAAAACAUACACUCUUUUUUGUCUUUCUUAAUUAUUUAUGUGUAAUGCUAAUAAGUGGUUUUCUUCUCU